UUCACUCGUUGUUGCAGGGAGCGUAGGAGUGAGAUAGAACUCUUCACUCUCUAGCCAAAGCAAGCUUUGAAUUCCAGUUAUGUGUCCAGAGUAAAUUACUGAUCGAAAUCUAGUAGCAGAUAUGGAAGUUUUUCUCACACUUAUUUUACUGGGAAUAUUUAUUUUUUCCUCCGGAAUCAAUGCUCAGGGAAGUCAGGAAUUUGAAAUUGCAUCGCCUGAAGAAAAAGAAGAAAAAGCACCUGAACAUUUUCUGCGAUGGAAUUACACUUCUAAGAACUGCGCUACUCCAUAUGGUAAAAAUCCAUGCAAAGAUAUACGAAGAUGCAAUCAAGCUGUUGCUUCCUUAGCGAUACGCGGAUGGCCCACAGUAUGUGGAUGGGUCGGAAAGGGAGUACCAAAGGUAUGUUGCGGACUACCACUUGUGCUAGGUCAACAGCUCAUGAAGCAGGCUGAAGAAGAAAAAGCCAGAAAUAUAGAAUGCGGAGUAAUAUACAUUAGUCCUGGAAUAUCGAAGAUAGAAAAUCGGUUUUAUGACAUAUUGAGAACUUUACCUGAAGUGGACGAAAGCAAUCCUAACAAAUUCGAUCCCCCGUUAGAUAUUAACGAUGUAGUAGAAAGAUUUCUCGUUGGAGGAGCGCCUACGGAUCAAGGGCGUUUUCCAUGGAUGGUAUCCAUUCGGAAAGAAGGUGUUCAUUGGUGCGGGGGCAGCUUAAUCGAUAGAGUCCAUAUUUUGUCUGCAGCCCAUUGUUUCGUCUCUAAAGCAGAACCGUACCCAGAUCCCAACAAGUACACAGUUUAUGUGGGAAAUAUUUACCUAAGUAAAGGAUAUCCAUUCAGUGUUCAGGAAAUUAUAGUGCAUGAAAGCUAUCAGCCGCAGACGCAUUACUACGAUAUUGCGAUAUUAAAGCUGAGUAAAGAGAUUUUAACCCCGCAAAUUGCUCACAUCUGUCUCCCACCUCCUGAAAUGGCAACAAUGGACUUAUCUGGGCACAAUACAACAAUCUUGGGAUGGGGGAGCACUGAAUUCGGAGGAAAGGGUACUACAGUACUGCAUAUAGUCGAAGAUAUACCAAUUACUUCCAUGCAGGAGUGUAAAACAAUUUACAGUCGAACAGGCAGAAGGUCUCUGCCAAAUGGAUUGAGUGACGAUUUCAUUUGCGCAGGAUUACCUGAAGGUGGUAAAGAUGCGUGUCAG